AAAAUUUUAAAGAUUUUAACAAUUUCAAGAAGCCAACAAUAAUUAUUAUAGAAUUCAAAAUUCUUUGCUGGAUUGUUGUAGUAUUAUAGAAGAAUGAGUAUAUGAAGUAAUAAUAUUAAUGCAACUAAACUAUUUUUGGUCUAAUUUGUGAGCGAAACUUUAACUAUUUUUUGAUGUGUUUUAAAAACUUAUGACAACUUUUUCAUCAUCAGCUUCACCAAUGUUUCGUUCAUUUUCAUCAGAAAGUCAAAAAAAGGAUUGGAGCAAACGUUUGUCAUUGCGUGGUAGCCGACGCUCAGCUAAAGAGGAUGUUUCUGGUGUUUUAUCAAGAAAAGCAAAAUUUACUGGACGUUCAGCUUCGCUACGUCAAAAUAGAAGUCCACAGGUUUCAUUAGAAUUACAAGCACCAUCACCACAAGGACAACAGCCAUCUUCAACGCAACCGACUACACCAAAAAAAUCAAAUUGGGAAGUUAUAGAACAUUUUAAUAAUGCUAAAGAUGGUAAAUCAUCAGUUAGUAGCAGUUUAAUUGCUGCCGGUGUUACCAGAUAUAAUGUUGAUGAAUCGUUAGACUCUACUGCAUCCGGUUCUAUAUGUAAUAGUCCAAUGGUACACCAACGAGAUGUUCAGCAACCCUUAUUACAAGGUUCAGAAAGUGAUAAUCGUAAUUGCGAAGGAAAUCCGAAUUUAAUAAGUCCGACAAUAUCAUUUUGGUUUCGUUUAAACAAGGUCAUUAUAAGAUUAUGUAGUACACAUCAAUUUAAGAACUUACAGGUGGAAAUGCUCUAUCAAAGGUAUUUCCUUCGUAUGAAUCAAAGUAAUACAACGCAUAUAUUAGGUUUAUUAUUAAUACUUGUAUUGGCAUUAGCUAGUGUCCAUAUAAUUGUAAGUACAUUUUAUUUAACAAGUACAUCAGCAUCAAUAAGAAAUCGAGAGAUAUUACCAACAACAUUUCAAACAAAUAAAAUGUUUAAUAUUGAAAGAAAUCAAAAUUAUCAUCAAAAUCAAAAUCAUCAUCAGCAUCAUCAUCAUCAUCAGUACCAGCAAAAUAACCAACAUCAACCAAAUAUUCAAAUUGAAAAUGUUAUAAUUUUAUCUCGAAAAAAUGAUGAAUCAAAUGAUAAUUUGAAUAAUAGUAAUACAAAAGGAUUAUUUUUAACACAUACACAAUCUUCAUCAUCAGUACUUCCAUCAGAAUUUCCAAUAGAAUUUAAAUCAGUAAAUGAAAAUUCACAACAUCAGCUGCAUUUACAAAAAAAUUAUAAAAAUAAAAUUGAUUUUAUUAAAAGUCCAAAUGCUACUACUACCGCUGGCAGUAAUUUAAAAUCAACUUUAAAAAAAAAUUCUUUAGAAAUUAUUCAAAAUGAAAAUAAAAUAAAAAAUUUUGCAUCAACAGCAAAAAUAAAUCAUAAUCCUUUGAAUAGCUAUGAUGUCAAUUAUUUAAUGCAUUUUAGAAGGAAAAAACGUUUUCAUAAAAUAACACAUCACAAGCAUCGAUACAAAAAUUUUAGGUUCAAACGAAACCUAUAUGAUUUGGAUAGAAAAAAUUCUAUGAUGGCAUUGGGAUUAAAUAUUGAAGCUGAGAAUAUAAAGGAAGAAAAUGUUGAAGAUCCAAUAUUAGAUGAUUCAAUCACAAGUCAAAUAACACAAACACCAAAUGAAACAUUAAUCAAUAGCAACUUGAAUAACAACUCUUUUGAUGAUAACGAUUCAAUUACUAAGACAUCAAAUGUAACAACAUUCAAUAUACCCGAUAAUGUACUUGCUUUACUUUUUGUUCUUGGAAUUUGUGCAAUCGUAUAUGCCUGUUUAUUGGGUGUCUUGUCAAAGCCAGCUAUGAAUGAAAUUUUUUUGGUUCUUGUCUCUUACAUCAUUAUUGGAACAUUUUUAGCAAUGGAAAUUGCCUUAGCCUAUGUUGGUUUGCCACGAAAAUCAUUUAAUACUAGUGGAGGCUGCGUUAUAUUUGUAUAUAUAAUUUAUACAAUGUUACCGGUACGUUUAAGAGAAGCAAUGAUUGGUGGUGUUCUAUUAUCAUUAGCCCAUAUAUAUGUUUCAAUAUAUAGCACAAAAAUAUUAAGAUGGGAACAGAUUGCUAGCUCAAUUUUUGCAUUAUUUUGUACAAAUUUUGCUGGUAUAUUUACACAUUGGCCAAGAGAAAAAGCGCAACGGAAAGCUUUCAUAGAAACAAGACAAUGUAUUGAAGCUAGAUUGAAAACACAAAGGGAAAAUCAACAGCAAGAACGUCUUCUUCUAUCAGUAUUACCGAGGCAUGUUGCAAUGGAAAUGAAAGAUGAUAUAGCCGGUCAACCAAGAGAAGCACAAUUUCAUAAAAUUUAUAUACAACGACAUGAAAAUGUUAGUAUACUUUUUGCUGAUAUCUGUGGUUUCACAAGUCUUGCGGACCAAUGCACAGCUGAAGAACUUGUAAGACUUCUAAAUGAACUAUUUGCCAGAUUCGAUCGAUUAGCUGCAGAACAUCAUUGUCUACGAAUAAAAUUAUUAGGUGAUUGUUAUUAUUGUGUUUCAGGAUUACCUGAUCCUAGACCAGAUCAUGCACAUUGUGCUGUUGAAAUGGGUCUGGAUAUGAUUGAUGCAAUAGCAUUGGUACGGGAAGUUAUGGCUGUUAAUGUUAAUAUGAGAGUUGGAAUACAUACAGGUCGUGUUCAUUGUGGUGUCUUAGGUUUAGUUAAAUGGCAAUUUGAUGUAUGGUCAAAUGAUGUUACAUUAGCAAAUCAUAUGGAAAGUGGUGGUAUACCUGGACGAGUUCAUAUAACCAAAGAAACACUAAAAUGUUUAGAUGGUGACUAUGAAGUUGAAGAGGGACGUGGUUGGGAAAGAAAUUCAUAUUUAAAAGAUCAUCAAAUUGAAACAUAUUUAAUAGUUCCUGGAGAUACAUAUAGACCGAAUAAAAAGAGUAAACCAACUUUAGCAAUUAAUGGUAAUAUAUCGAAAGAACUUAGAAUGAUGGGACAUGGUACACAAAAGAACACAUCAAAAUUGGGUUUCACGGAUGCUACAGAAAUCACCAAAGAUCCAGAAGAUGAAGUUAAUGAUUAUUUAAUGAGAGCCAUUGAUGCACGUAGCAUUGAUCAUUUACGUUCAGAACAUUGUAAAUCGGUUUUAUUAUCCUUUAAGGAUGUCAAUUUAGAGAAAAAAUAUUCUGCGGAACCAGAUAGAAUGCUAACCUUAUAUUUUUAUUGUAGUUUUGUAAUAUUAGGAGGAAUAAUUGUAAUGCGCCUAAUAGUUUUUAAAAGAAAUUCUUUGAAUUACGUAACGGCUAGUGUUUGUUUAAUUCUUCUUUUAAUUAUUGUAUUUCUUGUUGCCUCUUAUGAAAUUAACCUUAAGCUUCCGCUUGGUGCUAAAAAAUUUUCAGAAAAAAUUCAUAGAAAUCGUACAACUUCACAAAUUUUAGGUUUUUUUGUUGUAGUUAUAAUAAAUUUUGCAUCUUCUUUAUCUAUAGCUUUAAUAAAUUUCCAAGACUGUUCACCAUCAUCAUUUAAAAAUUUAACACAAAAUACAAUAAUAGCUACAAAUACAAUAAAUGCUACGACAUCAUUAUCAUCAACAGCCAGUAUGUUAACAACAAAUUCACCUAUAAUUUCAACUAUGAAAACUACAACAGACAGUAAUAUUAGUACAGUAGAUGUUACAACAAUAUCAUAUCAGGAUAGUAUUCAAUGUGAUUAUUUUAUUCUUAAUAAUACUUUUCUAUUGGUAUCAUUACUAUCAAUGAUGACUUGUGCCAUUUAUCAAGUUUUAAGAAUUAUCCUUAAAUUAUUAUUACUUUUAUUUACUGGAACAUUUUAUUUUGCGUUCUCAUUAUAUUUCUAUACAACGAGAGAGGAACAACUUAGUUUAAGCAGAUAUGAUACAUCAGAAGUUCUUCUUAGAUUCACAGUUGAUUUAAUAUUUAUAGUAAUAUUUACAAUAGCCCUAAUAUUUCAUAGUCAUCAAACAGAAGCAACCUACCGAUUAGAUUUUAUAUGGAAAUUGCAAGCAACAGAGGAAAAAGAAGAUAUGGAACACUUACAAGCAUAUAACCGGAAAUUAUUGGAAAACAUCCUUCCGGUUCAUGUUGCAGAACAUUUUUUGAGUCGAGAUAAAAAUAUUGAUGAUUUAUAUCAUGAACAAUGUGAUAGUGUUUGCAUAAUGUUUGCUUCAAUACCAAAUUUCUCAGAAUUUUAUGUUGAACUUGAAGGGAACAACGAAGGUGUAGAAUGCUUAAGAUUAUUAAAUGAAAUAAUUGCUGAUUUUGAUGAAUUAUUGAAUGAAGAACGUUUUCGUUAUAUUGAAAAAAUCAAAAGUACUGGUGCAACAUAUAUGGCUGCUUCUGGAUUAACUGCUCAAACCUGUGAUAUGACUGAAUUUCGACAUGUUACAUCAAUGGCCGAAUAUGCUUUACAAUUAUUUGAUAAAAUUGAAGAAGUUAAUACCCAUUCUUUUAAUAAUUUUCGUAUGAGAAUUGGAAUCAAUAUUGGACCUGUAGUGGCAGGUGUUAUAGGUGCACGUAAACCUCAAUAUGAUAUUUGGGGCAAUGCUGUCAAUGUUGCAAGUAGAAUGGAUUCAACUGGAUUAUUAGAUCAUAUACAAGUUACACAAGAAAUUUUUCAAAUAUUAGAACCAAGAGGUUUCAUAUUAGAAUUACGUGGUAGUGUUAAUGUUAAAGGUAAAGGUACAAUGAUAACAUAUUUUUUAAAAGGAAAAUCAACAGUUAUAACAAAUAAUAAUAUAAAUAGUAAUAAAAGUAUUGAUGAAACAAAUAUAGCACAACAAAAUCAAUUAUUAAAUCAUAAUAAUAAUGCCAAUAAUACCAUUCCAAAUAAUAUUUUACAAAAUCAAAAUAGUACAAAUUCAGAUGAUUUUACACAAGAUUUUGAUAUAAACAUUAUGAAAAAUAAUCCAACAGCACAACGUCGAAAAUCAUUAUGCCGUCAACAUCAAAUAUCAUCAUCAUUUGGUACAACAUUUAGUGCAUGUAUAACACCUAGCCUAUCAAAUAGUUCAUGUAGUGUAAAUACAGCAAGUGCUCAAACAAUUCCAAGUAUUAAAGCAGUUAAUUUAGUUGAAUCACCAACUGAUUCACAAUCAACAAUAACAACAGGAACUGGAACUGGAUUACCAAUUUCUAUGAUAUCAUUAACAACAACAACAACAACUACAAUAGCAACAAUAACAACAACAAAUUCAACUACAAAUCAAUUAUUACAAAUGUCACAGAAUUCACAAAGUGGUAGUAGUAAUAGUAGUUGUACAAAACCACCAUUACCAGUAACAUGUCCCAGAAAUCAAAUAACAGAUUUAAGAAAAGAUUUUACAAAAGAAUAUUCAGAUCGUUUAAAAGAUUCAAUUGAAAAUUUAGAAAUUUUAUUAAAAAAUGAUAUUAGUUUAUCUGAUUUAAGUAAUAAACAUCAACAACAUAUUAUAUUCCGUCAAACCGAUCAAUAUAAUAGUAGUUGUUCACAAGAUUCAAAGCAUAUAAAUUCAAUUGAUUUAAUUAAUAAUUGCAACAGUAAUAAUUGUAAAAGUAUAAAUAAUUCAAAUAAUAAUAGCAUUGAUAAUAGUGAUAAAAUAAAAAAUUGCUCUGUAAUUGUAAAUUCAAAUUAUAAUAAUUGUAGUGGUGAUAGUAGUAGCACCGAUAUUAAUAAUUAUUGUAUAAAUGUAAAUGAUGUAAAUAAAUUAAAACGAAAAUCAUUAGAUUUAAAUGUUAUGGAAAAUCAUUGUCAUCAUAGUAAUAAUAGUAAUAAUAGUUGUCUAUUAGCAAAAGAAGCUAAAAAUUUUAUUUUAUUAAAUUGUAAUGGUGAUGGUAAAAGAAUAAGUCCAAUUAAAAAUUCACAAUCAUUAUGUCCAAUUCGUACAUCAACAACUCCAACAUCAGCUUAUAUUAUACCAAAUAGUAAAAGUUUAACACUUAUACAUUCAAAAGGUAUUACUAAUUUUGUAUUAAAAGAUGUAACUAAUGUUUUAGAAAAAUCUUAGAUUUCAAAAAAUAUUUUCCUAUUUUAAAAAUUUUAAAUACAAAGUACAAUUUUAAUUCAAAUGCUUUUGUUAUACUUAUAAAAUCUUAUCAUGCGCCUUUUUAAAAUGAACAAAGUUCAAUAAGAUCACAUAUCUUUUAUUCAAUAAAAUUGUUAAUUUUCCAAAGAAUUUAUGAAUGUUAAAAGAUUGUUGUUUUAUAUAUGUAUGUAGGAACAAAGAGGAAUUUAGUAGUCAAGAAAAUAGAAGAAUAAUAAUUAAAUAGUGCUCCAAAUUUAUGAAAUUCAAUAAUUAAAAAAUUAUUUUUAUCCUUAUGGGAAGCUGAAAAUAUUUUUAUUUGAAAAUCCUAACUAAGUUGUAGUUUCAAUUUAAAAAGUUAGAUGAAUUAAACACAGCAUGUGAAGUCCUAAAAAUCUUUGUUAAUAAAAAAUUUACUUAGUCCGAAAAUAUAUAGUACCAAGGACAGGUAAAUGAAA